GAAGAUGAUGAUCAGGUUAUGAAUUAGGAGUGUUGGGAUAUAAACAGAAAUAGGUUGUAUGAUUCUUGAUUGUAUAUUUCCAUCUAAUAUUGCAACUUCUACUGAUGAGACAGCUUUACAGGCUGCAGUUCCAUUUUUUCCUAUUUCCUUUUUUUAGGUUGAUGAAGAAAGUGAAGAGGGAGAUGAGGAUGAUGAUGAUGAUGGGUCUGAGAUGGAAUUGGAUGAAGAUUAUCCUGACAUGAAUGCUUCUCCUCUGGUCCGAUUUGAGCGCUUUGACCGAGAAGAUGACCUUAUAAUUGAGUUUGACAGCAUGUUCUCCAGUGCUACGGACAUCCCUCCCAUCCCCAGGAAACAUCCCUGCUACACAUCCCCUGAUGAUACGGCAUGCAGAUCAUAGUGCCCUUACUCUUGGUAGUGGCUCCUCUACCACUCGCCUUGCCCAAGGUAUUGGUCGAAGCCAGAGGACAUUGAGGCAGUUGACUGCCAACACAGGCCGCACGAUCCACGUCCGCUACCCUGGAAAUCGACAGCCCAAUCCUCCACUCAUUCUGCAGAGGUUGCUGGGUCCCUCUACUGCUGCAGAUAUUCUUCAGCUGAGUAGCAGUCUUCCCCUGCAAAGCCGGGGACGAGCACGCCUCCUAGUGGGUAGUGAUGAUAUACGUAUCAUUGCCUGUUCAGAUGAUGAAUUUCUAGAUGACUUCUUUCAUGAUCAAAGCACAGCUGCAAGCCAGGCAG